UCGGCGUAUGGCGGUGCCGAGUAAGUUUAAGCUAAAGCUCGUGUCUGAUAAUCAACACGGCGUUUAGUUGUACGUUUAGUAGCAACAAAAACGUCGUUCUAUAAACUUGAGUAAUUUAUUUUAUCCAGUGAUUGUAUUUUUUCUCAAGACAUAGAUUUUAAAUACCGCAAGUUAAUUAUUUAUUACGACAAUAAUUUUUUUAAAAUAAAAAUGUCAAAAUCAGGAUCUAAUUCAUCGUUACCUGGUGGAAAUCACAAUAGUAAUGAGAUAAACCCGACUAAUGUUAAAAGUACAGUCCCGAAAAUCAGGCAGGAAUUACUCAAGUGGAAUGGAUGGGGUUACAAGGAUUCGGAGUUUGUUGUCAAAGACAAUUCGAUUAUUGAAUUCACCGGUUCACGAUACCCCAUUGGAAACCUCCAGUUGCCUUAUUUUACGCAAUGGGUCAAAGAAGUCCUUGGAGUUGAUUUGACAAAACGAACACCAGCACAGUCAUUACCGACAUCAUUUCCUGAACCGAUACUUUCUCAGGAUUUUUUCGAUGCUGUAAAUCAGUUGAAAAUUUCUUUUUCUACGGAUGGUCUCGAUAGAUUAUUCCGAGCUCAUGGGCAUACACUUCGGGAAAUGGUUCAAUUGAAACAUGGAAAUUUUGAAAGGAUACCGGAUAUUAUUCUUUGGCCAAAAUGUCACAAUGAUGUUGAGAGAAUAAUAAGGAUAUGUGUAAAAUACGGAGUCGCUUGUAUACCUUUCGGCGGUGGUACUAGUGUCAGUGGAGCUGCAACUUGUCCCGUACAAGAGCGUCGUACAAUAGUUUCUCUCGAUACAUCGCAAAUGAAUCGCAUACUAUGGAUUGACAGAGAGAACCUCGUUGCGUGCUGCGAAGCAGGUAUCAUUGGACAAGAUCUUGAGCGGGAGUUGAGAUCAAGAGGUUUAACCUCUGGUCACGAGCCUGAUUCGUAUGAAUUUUCUAGCUUGGGUGGUUGGGUGGCCACAAGAGCAAGCGGAAUGAAAAAAAAUACAUAUGGAAACAUUGAAGAUUUGGUCGUACGAGUGAGAAUGGUUACAGGACGAACACAAGAUCCCUCGUUGACUCUAGAAAGAGGCGCGCAGGUGCCACGUAUUUCUAGCGGCCCAGAUUUCGACCAUGUGAUUCUCGGCAGUGAAGGUACACUCGGUGUUGUCACGGAAGUCGUCCUUAAAGUCCGUCCGCUGCCAAAAAUAGUUAAAUACGGAAGUGUCAUAUUCCCAAAUUUUGAAAGUGGUGUUGACGCGAUGAGAGAAGUUGCACGCCAGCGAUGUCAGCCAUCGAGUAUUCGGUUGAUGGACAAUGAACAGUUUCGAUUUGGUCAGGCACUGCGUCCUGACAGCGGUUUGACGGAUAAGAUAAUGCAUGCUUUCAAGCAAACUUAUGUGACUAAAAUCAAAGGGUUUCAAUGGGACAGCGUGUGUGUAGCGACUCUGCUAUUUGAAGGCUACGAGUCAAGUGAUGUCGCUAGUCAGGAAAAAAAAAUUUACGCAAUUGUUAAAAAGUACGGUGGAAUGGCUGCUGGUGAAACUAAUGGAGAACGUGGUUACAUUCUUACAUUUGUCAUUGCGUAUAUCAGAGACUUGGGUUUAGAGUUCGGAGUACUGUCGGAAUCAUUUGAAACCUCUGUGCCUUGGAGCCGCGCACUGUCACUUUGCCGAAACGUAAAAUCUCGCGUGUCACGGGACUGCAAGGAACGAGGUAUCAAGCAUUAUCUUAUGUCUUGCCGAGUCACGCAAACCUACGACGCAGGAUGUUGCAUAUACUUUUAUUUAGCAUUCAAUUAUAUCGGUUUGCAUGAACCUGUUGAGACUUACGAGACAAUUGAAGAAAAUGCAAGAGCUGAAAUAAUUGCCAGCGGUGGUUCUAUUUCUCAUCAUCAUGGAGUAGGAAAAAUGAGAGCUAAAUUUUAUCCUGAAGCUGUUGGCGAGACUGGAGUCUCACUUUAUCGCGCGAUGAAAGAACAUUUGGAUCCUAAUAAUAUAUUUGCUGCCGGUAAUUUAGAUCCUCAAUACAGAGCCAAAUUAUAG